UGUGUUGUAAAUCUGAUUGGAGAGCUCUUCGGUUUGUUUAUCUUCUCUGCGUUGGUGGGAUUCUGGCCUAAAAACCAGAGGCGUUAAUUGGUGUUUUUAGAAAUGGGGUUCAUCUCCAGGAAGAUCUUCCCUGCUUGUGGAAGCAUGUGUGUGUGUUGUCCUGCUUUGAGGUCAAGAUCUAGACAACCUGUUAAGCGAUACAAGAAAUUGUUGUCCGAAAUAUUCCCCAAGUCCACUGAUGCUCCUCCCAAUGAAAGGAAAAUUGCCAAAUUAUGUGAAUAUGCUGCCAAAAACCCUUUCCGAAUUCCCAAGAUUGCCAAGUAUCUUGAAGAAAGAUGCUACAAAGAAUUGCGUUACGAGCACAUCAAAUUCGUCAAUAUUGUCACGGAAGCUUACAACAAGUUACUUUGCAUGUGCAAGGAACAGAUGGCAUGUUUUGCUGUUAGCUUGCUGAAUGUUGUUAGUGAACUGCUCGAUAACUCUAAGCAAGAUGCUACGCGGAUCCUUGGAUGCGAAACCUUGACUAGGUUUAUCAAUAAUCAGGCGGAUGGAACUUACACACACAGCAUCGAGAAAUUUGUUCAUAAAGUGUGUAAGCUGGCACGUGAGGAUGUGAACGAACAUCAGAGACGCCGCUUGAGAGCGUCUAGCUUGCAGUGCCUUUCUGCCGUGGUUUGGUUCAUGGCACAAUAUUCCUAUAUUUUUCCUGCUCUCGAUGAGAUGGUAUAUGCCAUUUUGGAUAACUAUGAGCUAGAUACUCGAGUUGAUGACAAUAAUGAGAGAGAGCCCCAUCAUACUUGGGUAGAUGAAGUGGUUCGCUGUGAGGGUAGAGGUGCGAUUGUUGCCGGUGAUGCCAGUCCUAGCAACAUGAUUAUCAGGCCCCAAUCAGAGAAAAAGGAUCCCUCUCUUUUGACGAGGGAAGAGACUGAAACACCUAAAGUUUGGGCUCAAAUUUGUAUACAGAGAAUGGUUGAGCUGGCAAAGGAGACUACAACGUUGCGCCAAGUACUUGAUCCGGUAUUUGUCUACUUCGAUUCUCGGCAGCAUUGGAUUCCACAACAGGGAUUGGCAAUGGUGGUCUUGUCUGACAUGUCCUACGGGGAUGCUUCGGGGAAUCACCAACUGAUAUUAGCAGCUGUAGUCCGUCAUCUAGAUCACAAAAAUAUGGCUCAUGAUCCUCAACUAAAAUCGUAUAUCGUACAAGUUGCGGCCGCUUUAGCUACUCAAGUUAGAUCCAGAGGGGCGCUUGCUGAAACUGGUUUUGUUAGUGACCUAUGCAGGCAUCUGAGAAAAAGUUUCCAAGCCACUCUCGAAUCAGUAGGACAGCAGGAGUCGAACUUAAAUAUCUUGCUUCGAAAUUCCAUUGAAGAGUGCUUGCUGGAAAUAGCAAAAGGGAUUGAUAAUGCACUACCUCUGUUCAACAUGAUGGCGAUAUCGCUGGAGAAGUUGCCUUCUUCUGGAGUUGUUGCUCGUGCAACGAUUGGAUCGUUGAUGAUAGUUGCUCAUAUGAUUUCAUUAGCAUUAAUCCUCUCGAUCACAACUGGUACGAUCCAUUUCGUUUUUCCCGUAGCUCUUCUUGUUCAACUGAUGAAAGCAAUGUUGCAUCCCAACAUCGAGGUCCGUGUAGGAGCACACCAAAUAUUUUCAGCUCUUCUUAUUCCAAGUUCUAAUCGUCCUCGACAUGAAGUUGCAUCUCUGCAUUCUGGUUGUGUCUAUGAAACGAGAAGAUGGCAUUCCAACAAUGCUUCUGCAUUUGAAUCCAUAUCAGCGUUACUUGAAAAGCUCCAAAGGGAAAAGGAUGGCAUCGAAAUGGAAAAGAAUGGUUAUAGUAUUCAUGAAGAUUUUAAAGGAAAGGACAAUAUCGAAGAGGACCGGAAGCAAGGCCUCGUCAUGAAGAGUUCCCAUAAUAUCUAUAAUAUAACAUCCAUUAUUGACAAAACAGCUGCAUCAAACAUGGUUGAGGCAGAACCAUAUAUCAUGAAGUUGACAGAGGAUCAGAUAAUGCAGUUAUUGUCCGGCUUCUGGAUACAGGCCACCCUUUCCGAUAAUAUGCCGUCAAACAUAGAAGCUAUAUCACAUUCUUUUGCACUGACAUUAAUUUCUUUACAACUGAAGAACAUCAAUGACAACCUCGUUGUUCGCUUCUUCCAACUUCCGUUGUCCCUAAAGAAUAUCGCAUUGGACCCUAGCAAUGGGAUGUUAACUCCGGCAUUCCAGCGAUCGAUUCUCAUGCUGUCGAUGGGAAUGCUGAUGUUUGCAGCUAAGAUAUGCCAAAUACCUGAUCUGAUUGAUCUCGUCAAGCCUGUAGUUCCGUUCGACGCUGACCCUUAUCUCGGCAUCAGCAAAGACUUUCAAGUAUUCGUAAGACCUCAAGCAGAUGUAAAAAAUUAUGGACUUGUUACUGAUAAUCGGUUGGCCUCUUCUUUGCUAUUGGAUUUGCGGGAUAAAAUAUAUCAAUCUGACGAUGUCUUGAUUGAUAUCUUGGUUCGAAAUUUAUCGACCAUCACUGAGAUGGAAGUAGAUGAUCUUACAACGCAGUUGUCCGAGCCAUUCACACCCGAUGAUGCAUUCAUGUUCGGCCCUCGAUCUAUAUUUGACUUGGACCACAAUCAAAUGAUUCCCUAUUCGAAACAAUCACUUUCUUUUGAUGAGGAUAUUCAAACAAGCUCAUUACUUGAGGAUGAUGCAAGAAGUGAAGCAUCUGUCGUCAACCUGUCCCACUUCAUUCCGAAAGUGGCUGCGUCCCCUUCUGUGUCUCGUGUUACCGACAUUGGGCAGCUCUUGCAAUCGGCACUUGAGGCGGCUGGUCAAGUUGCAGCGAAUUCCGUCUCUACAUCACCUCUCCCAUACGAUACCAUGGCUAGCCAAUGCGAAGCAUUUGGCACCGGUACAAGGAAGAAGCUAUCCAACUGGUUGGCCCAUGAAAACGGAGCUGCUGAUAAAAUUAUACCAACAGUUGCUGCUGAUAGACACGCGAUGAUGCUUCAGAAGAUAUCAAAUGAAAGUGCUUUAACCAGAGCUGUCUCACAGAUCGACCCAUGCUUGUCUAUGAGGUUGCCUCCCGCUAGCCCGUUCGACAACUUCCUUAAAGCAGCUCGGUGUUAAACAAGGCGCAGGGUGUCAUAGUUGUUUAUGUUGUAAAGCUUUAGAAACUGACUAGAUUGUAACACUUAGGUUCGAAUGAAACUGAUAAUUUGAGGGCUCACAUUCCCAAACAUUACUGAUCCUUGUGUGCAUUUUGCUCUUCAAUGUUGAAAGAGCUAGUUUUAAGCA